UUUGGAUUUGGGAGGAAGAAGGGAAACCACACGCGACCGCCAGACGACCACCAACCCAUCUAUUGCGACCUCCUCUCUGUCCACGGCCGGGUCCCACGGCUCAAUUUAUUGGGGCACUUGCCACAACUCCCACAACUACCACCAACCUAAAAUCGACCUCUUCCCCCCCCCACAUCCUCCCCAGACACACCACCAAUAAAUCCGCCCCAUGAAGAGGUUACGAAUCGAUCGAUGGACGGGCCAAUUGCUCCUGGCUCGUUCCGGAGCCUCUCCGGCUUCCACUCCCCGGGCCGCCGCCCUCCGGUCCGCCGCACUUUCCAGAUGCACCGCCGUGCGCAGUCAGUCAACGGGCACCGUGCGCCAGAUACCCAAGGAAGACGACUACUAUGACGGGACGGACCACACACGCUUCCCGCCUCUCGAGCAACUCCCCCCCAAAGCCACGAGCCUACCCUCCCCACCGCCCGAGAGGGCACUGCAGUCGGCAAAGCUGGCCGCCCUCCACGCCCGUCUAUCCCUCCCAGAACGGCUGCCCCUCCAGACCCUCGCCCGGGCCCUGGUCGACGCCUCCGCCGACGAGAACCCGCAGUUCAACAACACCAACCUCGCCUUCGUCGGCCAGUCCCUCAUCAACUACCACGUCGCCGAGUGGAUCAUGUGCCGCUACCCGCGCCUGCCCAUGGGCAUCCUGUACGCCGCCAUGAAGGGCUAUGCGGGGCCAACCUCUCUACAUCACGUCGCCCGCUCCUGGGGUGUGGAGCACGCCGCCGUGCCCGGCGGCGAGGUCGACCCAGGCCUGCUCCAGUUCUCGAUGCACAAGCCGGGCGACGCCAUCAUCGGGUUCGGGUACCGCCGGGCCGAGGCCGACGGGAUGAAGAAGCACAAGUGGCGCCACGGCAUGAGCAGCCGGGUGGUGUUCGACGACGACUUCGGCGAGGUCGUGGACUCGGAGGAGGCCAAGGACGAGCUGCAGCUCCGCGCCGACACCGAGUACGGCAACGAGUACACACGCUCGCUGGCCGAGAAGGCCUUCGCGACCUGCGCGCGGGCCGUCACGGGCGCCAUCUACGCGCACGCGGGGCGGGACCGGGCCAAGGCCUUCAUCAAGUCGCACGUCCUCUCGCGCACGCUCGACCUCUCGAGGCUCUUCGCCUUCAAGAAGCCGACGCGCGAGCUGUCGAUGCUCUGCGCGCGCGAGGACUUCGAGCCGCCCGUGGCGCGGCUGCUGUCCGAGACGGGCCGCCUGUCGCGCACCCCCGUCUACGUCGUCGGCAUCUUCUCGGGCAAGGACAAGCUGGGCGAGGCCGCCGGCGCCAGCCUCGAGCACGCCCGCACCAAGGCCGCCAUGAACGCCCUCAAGAGCUGGUACCUCUACAGCCCCGGCGAGGGCGUGCGCGUGCCCAGCGACGUCCUGGCCGAGGACGCCGCCCCCUGGGAGCCCGCCUACAUCGACAUGGGCGAGAUUAUCGGACAUUAAAAGACCAAAAAGAAUAAAUAAAUAAACGUCCAGCCUAUGUCAUGUAUCCCAAAACGGGGGGAUAGGUAGGCCUAGCCUAAGGGUGAGGGCUGGGUGGGCUACGGUAUCUCACUCCUCUGUCCGAGGGGGUCGCCCACAAGUAUCCCUUCGCUCCGGUGUGGUUCGGGAUAGGGAGGAGAGAAAUAGAUAGAUGUAUUGUACAUUUAACACAUCCAUCCGGGCCGGCAAGCGGAAAAAAGGCACGGCUUCCUGGCCGAUGAUCAUUGGGAGGAGUUGGGCAACGGCGGGGGGACAACGAACCCGGCCGUGUCAGUGUAGUGUAUGUAUAGUAUUUUGCCAGACAACGGCUGCAAUGUAGAAAAAAGCCAUAUAUAUGCAU